UUGCCACUACAGGUCGGUCGCGAGCUCGACAAAUAUCUACUCACACAACCCAUUGUAUGUGCCGAAACGAAAUCCUUCACACUAGAAAUGAAAGAACUUUGCGCUCUUUACACUACAGAUGUCAUAGCCACUGUCGCCUAUGGCGUCCAAGCGAACUGUUUCAAAAAUCCCAAUGGCGAAUUCCGGCGCCAUGGUCGCGCAGUUUUCAAGUUUAGCUUACGUCGUUCAUUAGAAUUCAUGGUAGUCUUCUUCAUGCCGCACUUGGUGCCCUAUCUACGAUUCAAAGUCGUACCCCCAACAUCCACCGAGUUUCUGCGUUCUGCAAUCAACUAUGUAAUGCAACAACGCGAGUUAUCGGGUCAAAAGCGUAAUGAUCUAAUCGAUAUACUCAUCGAGUUCAAGAACUCUACAAAAGAAACCCCUUCCACAAAUGGACUCGUGUUUGAGGGUGACCUGUUGGUUGCACAGGCGGCACUUUUUUUCACAGCUGGUUUUGAGACCUCCUCGGCGACCAUGUCUUUUGCACUGUAUGAGUUAGCUAAACGGCCUGAUUUGCAGCAGCGUGUGCGCGUUGAAAUCGCUGAUGGAUUGCGUCGUACGGCGGGCAAAGUGACGCAAGAAUUUAUAGAUUCGCUGACGUAUAUGCAAAUGAUAAUCGAUGAGGUGUUGCGUCUGUAUCCGCCUUUACCUUUUCUCGACCGCCAAUGCACUGCGGAGGAGGGCUACUCGCUGGAGCCGUUUCACAAGUUUCGUAUGCCACAAGGCAUGCCCGUUUAUAUACCGGUGUAUGGGCUGCAUAUGGACCCAGAGAUCUAUCCCGAACCGAAAAAAUUCGAUCCUGAACGAUUUGCGCCACAAAACAAAAAACAACUGAAGCCUUACACUUACAUGCCUUUCGGUUUGGGACCACACGGUUGCAUUGGCGAACGCUUCGCUAUGAUGCAGACAAAAGUUGGACUUACCUAUUUUCUACUGAAUCACAAAGUGACGACUUGUGCGCGCACAAAGAUUCCCAUGCAGCUGGAUCGCAAGGCGGUUGUGGUGCAGGCUGAGGGUGGUAUUUACCUGAACGUUGUGCGUAGUCCGUUGUGUGAAAAUAGUUGAGAGUUGGAGGUGUUGUAUGCUAGCGAGACCGUGUUGGACGCUUGAGUGAGUGAAAGUUAGCCGGAUUCAAUAGAUUUUAAGCGGUAUACACACAGAACACACCAAUACAGAUGAGAUUUUGUAAAAUAC